CUUCCGCUUUCCUAUUUCCGUACACAAAUGCUCGGCUGAUGACGUGUACACUCCACUACCGUUAGCUAGCUGGCUAGCUUAGCUACCUGCCAGAGUAAAGGUGUUAAAAUAAAGCCACGUUAUUUGAAAGCAAAGGGAAGCAAAGUGUCUCAUCAGACCGGGGGGAAAAAUGGAGACGCUUUACCAUCAGACAAACAAGCAAAUCCAGGAGGUUCAGUCUCUUAUGGGCAACCUGGAGAAGACAGACCGUCAGUCAGUACACUUGUUAGAGAAUGAACUGCAGGCCAGAAUCGACCAGAUCUUCAAUCACUUAGAGCGCCUCGAGAUCCUGGCCAGCAAGGAACCACCAAACCGCCGCCAGAAUGCCAAAUUGCGAGUGGACCAGCUCAAGUAUGAUGUUCAACACCUCCGGACCGCUCUGCAAAAUUUCCAGCAUCGACGCUACGCUAGAGAGGCGCAGGACAGAGAGAGGGAGGAACUCAUGAGCCGCACCUUUACAACCAAUGACGCAGAUACCUCCAUCCCCAUAGAUGAGACCCUACAGUUAAACUCCAACUUGCACAAUGCACACAGAGGCAUGGAUGACCUCCUGGGCAGCGGCAGUAGCAUCCUCAACGGCCUCAGAGAUCAAAGAUCUACGCUGAAGGGGACCCAUAAGAAGAUGCUGGAUGUGGCCAACAUGUUAGGGCUCUCCAACACGGUGAUGAGACUCAUAGAAAGGCGAGCUACUCAAGAUAAGUUCAUCAUGAUCGGAGGCAUGCUGUUGACCUGCGUCUUCAUGUUCCUGGUAAUCAGAUACCUGGGCUGACCUCCAUACAUCCACAAUGGCGGUCUUUGAUCAGUCGUGGACAUUUUCUGCAGCAUCAUCCCUCAUGAUAUGAAAAGUGGCAGAACUGAAUUUUUAACAUCAGAUUAAAGUAAUUUUUUUGAAUUAAAUUGUGCCAUUAUAUUUUUUCCAACAUUUAAAUUUUUGUGGCACCUGCAAAAUUGUGAGGCUGAAAAACUUAAUUACGUUCAGUAUUUUAUUUCAUUUGCAGCUCCAAGGGAGCAAUGAACAUUUUGAUAAGUCUGCUGCUUCCCUCAGAUUAUGUCUUUUUCUUUUUAUCAAAACCACUCUGAAACUGUAAAUCACUCUGACCUUACCCAGAUGGCUUUCUAAAAAUACAUCAACUUACUUUUACCUCCUGUGAAAAGCUGUUUAUGUUCCAUAAUGUCAGUAAUGUUGUCAUGUUGUCAUUCUGCUUAGCUAAAAACACGGUUCAUUGAGAAAUAGCUCAUAAUGCUCCAUGUUUCAUUACAUUACAAUUCAAAAAUACUCCCUGGAGAAUCAUUUGUUUGUGUUAAUAUGUAUGUGUAUCUAGCAUUAUACACCAGAGUUAAAUGAGGUGGCAACUAGGAUCUGUUAAGGAAGAAAAAAACAAACAAUGGAAGUUAUUUUGUAAUUGUUGAAUACUUUUUCUUGGUUUCAUGCUUGGGUCUAGUCUCACUAUGUGAGUGAUUUAAUUCUCUUAAAAGAAUAAAACGUUUCAUUUGUUAGAUAUAUCUUCAUCUAAUGACUGCUGGUAACUAACAGGAUUCAAUUAAAACUGUUUUUUUGUCA